AUGGGUUCUCUUAAAUCAUUCAUCAAGGCAGUUAGAAAAGCCAAAACAAUUGCUGAUGAAAGAGCCGUCAUUCAAAAGGAAUCUGCUGCAAUCAGAACUUCUUUUAGAGACCCAGGUCUUGAUCAAACAACUAGAAGAAUCAAUAUUUCCAAACUUUUAUAUUUAUAUAUAAUGGGUGAAAAAACACAUUUUGGUCAAGUUGAAUGUCUUAAAUUAUUAGCUUCUCCUCGUUUUGCCGAUAAAAGAUUGGGAUAUUUGGCAUGUAUGUUGAUUUUGGAUGAGAAUCAAGAAGUUUUAACCUUGUUGACUAAUUCUUUGGAUAAUGACAUGCAACAUCCAAAUACUUUUAUUGUUGGUUUAGCCCUCUGUUGUCUUGGUAAUAUUGCUUCUUCAGAAUUAGCAAGAGAUUUAUAUACCAAUGUUGAAUCAAUCAUGGAUAAUAAAGGUCCUUAUUUAAAGAAAAAAGCAUGUAUUGUUGCUGCCAAAUUAAUUGAAAAAGAUCCAGAACUUGCAGAAAUUUUCUUACCAAAAAUUCCAAGUUUAAUUAAUGAAAAGCAAUCAAGUUUAUUAUUGGGUGCAUUGAGAUUAAUAGAAUCUUUAUAUUUGGUAUCUGAAGAAAGUCGACCAGCAUUGUUAAAAACAAUUCCUAAGAUUGUUGCUAAUUUGAAAAGAACAACUACCAGUGGUUACCAACCAGAUUAUGAUGUCACCGGUACUACUGAUCCAUUCUUACAAGUUGCUUUAUUGUCCACAUUGAGAUUAUUGGCCCUGGAUGAACAGUGUCCUCCACAAUAUUUGGAAGAAAUCAAUGAUAUAUUGACUCAAGUUGCAUCUAAUUUAGAUAGUGGUAAGAAUGCUGCUCAUGCCAUCUUGUAUGAAUGUGUCAAGACAAUUUUUGCCAUUCCAUCAGACCAAUCAUUGAAAAUCUUGGGUGUUAACAUUUUAGGGAAAUUCUUAUCCACCAAGGAUAACAACACUAGAUAUGUUGCAUUGGAUACUUUGUUGACUGUCGUUAACAUUGAACCAUUGGCAGUUCAAAGACACAGAUCAACCAUUGUCAAUUGUUUAGCUGAUGGAGAUAUCUCCAUUCGUAGAAGAGCUUUAGAAUUGUCAUUCGGUAUUCUUAAUGAACAAAAUAUCAGAGUGCUAGCCCGUGAAAUUUUGACAUUUUUGGAGAAUUGCAAUGACGCAGAAUUGAAAUCAUUUGUUACUUCACAAUUAACCAUUGCUGCUAACAAAUACUCUCCAAAUGAGAAAUGGCAUUUUGACACUUUGAUUAGAAUGUUGAAAGUUGGAGGUAACUCCUUGACAUCUGAUAUUAUCUCGAGUAUUCUUGCAUUGCUUUUACAAUGUAACGAUCAAGAAUUGAAGAAACAUACUGUGGGUCAAUUGGUUGGUUCAUAUUUGGAAGCACCUGGCCAAUAUGGUUUAGCAUUGAUUACGGUUUGGGCUGUUGGUGAAUAUGGUGAUUUGAUUUUGAACACUUCUACUCAAAUUAAAGAGAAAUCUAUCACCAUCACUGAACAAACUUUAAGUCAACUCAUUGACGAUUCAAUUAAUAACUCCACAUUUUCAGAAUCAGAAACAGUACAAUUGACAUCAUACGCAUUAACUGCAAUUAUUAAAUUAUCAAUCAAAUUUAAAUAUGCACUGGUUAUUGAACAUUUGAGAUUAAUUUUGAGCUCAAAGACUCAUGAUACCAAUUUAGAAAUUCAAAUUAGAGCUGUUGAAUACCAACAAAUCUUUGGUCAAGAUGCUACAUUAAAGAGAGGUUUAUUAGCACGUAUGCCAGCUCCACCAGUUAAGCAACGUGAAGCUUUGACCUUACAUAAAUCAACUUCAGCCAAUAAACCAAUAAUUAAGAAAUCCACCAAUGGUUCCAGUGGAGUUGCUGGUGGUAGUGACAAUUUGUUGCUCGACUUAAUGGAUGACGAUGUUACUACCCCUGGUGCUGGCCAACCACAACCUGAUUUGUUGAAUGAUAUUUUCAGUGGUAGUGGAAGUAGUUCAUCCGCUAACAAACCAGUCAACAAUGCAGCCAUUUUAGAUCUUUUCAAUAGCCCUUCAUCUCCUGCUGUUUCUUCUCCAAGUCAAUCACAACAGCAACAACCUGCUGCUGCUGCUGCUGCUGCUGCUGCUGAGAUUGUUGCCUUUAACAAUAGUAAUGUCAAAGUUGUAUUUAUUCCAAAGGCAUUCACACAAGAUGGACAAGCAACUAUGGAUGCUUUAAUUACAUCAAAUACAAACUCAAAAGUUGAACAAUUCCAAUUAUUGAUUGCUGUACCAAAAACACAAAAAUUGACAAUUUCUUCUACCUCGGGAGGUGAUUCCUUAACCCCAGGUGGAUCUCCAAUAAGGCAAAGCUUAAAGAUUGUUGGUAAACAAGGGGCAAAGAUAAAAUUAAGAGUUAAAGUGAAGUAUACAGUUGCCGGUGUUCCAACAGAAGAACAAUUUGAUUUUGCGGGUUUUAAGGAUACUUUGUAA